CUCAACCGAACACACUCGUUCAACACCCAACUCUCGUUUACCAUAAUGCAGAUCUCCGCCCUCGCCGUCGUUGCCGCCGCCGCUGUUGCCUCCGCUCAGUGGACCAACUCCACCUCCAACGCUACCGUUGCCGCUGGUAACGCUUCUGUUGCUGCCACUGGUUCCAACUACACCGCUACCAACGGUUCCGCUGCUACCCUCCCUGCCUUCACCGGCGCUGCUACCUCCGUCGACUCCUCCAUCAUGAUGGCCGUCGCUGAGCUUGGAGAAUAA